AUGACAAGUAUAUUAUUCAUAUAUCCUUUGCUGCUUGCCAUGGUUAAUUCUCAAUCACCGUGUGAUGAACUAUCAUUAGUUGAUCGAGCUGAAUGGGGUGCACAAGAACCAUCGGCAAUAACCAAUCUAACAAGCAAACCUCUUUCAUUUGUUGUCAUGCAUCAUUCGUAUUAUCCUCUAAGUUGUUAUGAUGAUGACUCAUGUAUUGAACGAGUAAAAGAUAUUCAAGAUUUUCAUCAAAACACUCAAAAUUGGGACGAUAUUGGCUUUCAUUUUUUAGUUGGUGAAAACGGAAAAGUUUAUGAAGGUCGAGGAUGGAAUCGACAAGCUGCCCAUUCAACCGGAUGGAAUAAUGGCGCUUACGGUGUUUGCAUUAUCGGGGAUUUUACAAGAGCACCUCCAAAUGAAAAAGCAUUAAAUGCAGUACGUUUAUGGAUUGAGUGUGGUAUUAAACUUGGCCAUAUCAAAGAAGAUCAUUAUAUUAUUACUCAUCGGCAAUCCCAACGACCACAUUAUACGGAUUGUCCUGGUGAUAAUAUGUUUGGUAUUGUACGCAAAUGGCCUCGUUUUUGUUCAUUUCAAAACUCUGGAGCACCUUUAGCUGCGAAUAAAACACAAAUAGCUCUUGCCACUGAGUUCUGCGAAAAACAGAUCUCACCUCUGUCAGCUGCUUCAACAAAUUUAGCUACGUCAUUGAUUAUGUUUUAUCUAUUAUUAAUUCAUUUUUUGUAA